AUGUGGGCUGCGCUGCGGGCUCGCUCCGGGAACCAGCCGGCACCGGCAGGCAGGGCUGUCCCCGCCCCGCUCGGCAUGGAACUGCCCGCCGGCUGCUGGGACAGCACCCGGGCCGCCCUGCGGCAGCUGGAGGGGCGGCUGCGCUGCUCCCGCUGCAUGAACAUCCUUAAGGAACCUGUGUGCUUGGGAAAAUGUGAGCAUGUCUUCUGUCUAGCUUGUGUGGGUGACUGUAUUGGCACAGAAUGCCCAGUGUGUCACACGCCAGCCUGGGUACAAGAUGUGCAAAUAAAUAGGCAGCUAGACAACAUGAUCCAGCUGUGCAGCAAACUGCGACAUCUACUGGGCAAAGACUUCACAGAUUCUGCAGAAGACUUGUUCACGUCAGUAGGUCCUGAUCAUGAAACAAGAAGUAAGAAGAAGCAGAUAAAAAUGUGGUUCAGCCCACGCAGUAGGAAGAUCAGAUGUGUGCUAAACAAUAGUUCCCUUCAGAAGCAGAAUCAACUGGUGACUAAUAGUGGUUGCAUUAACCAGGGCCCAUCUUCUACUUUUGACUUCCUUCCUUCUCCUCCUCAAGAGAAGCCUUCCAAGAUGACCAAGGAACCACCACCACACAGAUCGAAGAAAAAACUGAAGAAAAAGAGUCUAGCAGACAUCAACAAAGUGUGGGGUAUAGAGAAGGAAAAGCAGAAAGAGGGCAGUGGAACCGAAGGGGAGACCCAAGAUGAAUUUAAAGAAAAGACUGUGACCUUUUGCAGCCAGUCAUUAGUUUUAUGCAGCCCUGAACCACAUAGUACGGAAGAGACGAUAGGACAGGAGUUUGUAAUGGAAACCGACCUUAAGGAUGGAAGAGAGUCCCACUUGGAAAUGGCCACACAAGUAAAACCCAUAGAGGAUAAAGAUAGCUCUGCACAAGUUAACACAAUGAAUAGUUUUAAUACAGAGAAACCUCUGCCAUCAGAAAAUGAAAUUACUCCUUUAAAGCGCGGAAGGCAGCAGUCCAUAUCCCCCACUAUAUCUCAUGCUAAAAGACUGAGAAGAAGUGAUCAGCGUGCUGAUACGCACUCAGUCAACCAGGGUGUUUGCAAUCCUGAGGUAACUGCCAUGAGCACUGUUAAAAUCUCUCCAACUACUGAACAUGGAACUCCAGUUCAUAUCUCCUCUCCGGCAUUUGAACUUACUGGUGGCUCCUUAUCAAAGACAAGAAGCUCUGCAAUUUUUCAAGAAAUCAUUAGCCCUUCACUUUCGAAAACUCCCUCUACCCCAUUCACUUCAAAUACUCAUAAUCAAAUGGAAACAACACCCAGCCCUUCCCUCUUGAAGAAGUCUCCUAGUAAUAACACAACUACCAAAAGGAAUCACAGAGGAGAGUCCUUGCUCCACGUUGCUUCCAUCAAGGGUGAUGUAUCAGCCGUUGAACACUUACUGAAAAAUGGAGCAGACCCCAAUGUUAAAGACCAUGCUGGAUGGACGCCAUUGCACGAGGCUUGUAAUCAUGGGCACAAGAAGGUGGUGAAGCUAUUGCUACAGCACAGGGCACUGGUGAACACUACUGGGUAUCAGAAUGACUCGCCGCUUCAUGAUGCUGCCAAGAAUGGGCAUGUGAGCAUUGUUGAGCUGUUGCUCUCACAUGGAGCCUCCCGGGAUGCAGUUAAUAUAUUCGGUCUGCGCCCUGUGGACUACGCAGAAACUGAAAAGAUGAAGUCUGUGCUAAUGCUACCAGUGAAGAACGAAUCAUAUUCAUUUAGUCAAUGCUCAGAACAAGCAAGCCCAGGCCGCCCUAGAGAAGGACCUGUUGCUCUACUGGGAAGCAGCCUCAAUUCAGAGCAACAAAAAUCACUGAGCAAACUCGCAGCAGUUCUGAAGGCUAGAAAAUGUGUUGAGUUUAACAGCACAGUGACUCACGUCAUUAUCCCUGAUGAUCCAAUGCGAAGUACUAUCAAAGGGAUGCUGGCCAUUCUGGCUGGAUGUUGGGUCCUAAAAUUUGAGUGGGUGAAGGCAUGUUUGCAAAGCAGAAUUCGUGAACAAGAGGAGAAGUAUGAAAUCUGUGGUGGCCCACGAAGAGGCAGACUCAACCAAGAACAGCUGCUGCCUAAGUUGUUUGAUGGUUGCUACUUCUAUUUUUUGGGCACUUUCAACCACCACCAGAAGAGUGACCUCAUAGAGCUGGUUAAAGCAGCAGGAGGACAAAUCCUCGUUAGGCAGCCAAAGCCAGAUAGCGACGUGACACAGACCAUCAACACAGUGGCAUACCAUGCCCAACCGGGUUCUGAUCAGAGUUUCUGCACACAAUACGUUAUCUAUGAUGUGUCUUCUAAGUACAACCCAGAUAAAAUUCGCCAAGGCAAAGUCUGGAUGGCCCCCUCCAGCUGGCUCAUAGACUGUGUGAUGUCAUUUCAGCUGUUACCUAUUACAAAGUGA